CUUGGCGACUGUCGAGUCCCUCCAAUUCUUCAUAUCCCCUUUCGCCUUUUUCUUCCAUUCAAUUUCGCAUUACAAUGGCGAAACGCUCCAUUUCUAAUUCCCUCAUAAUCCCUUCUUUCAUCAUUUGAUCAUCCCUUCCUUCCCUCAUCUUCAAUCUCAAUCUCCAUUUCCCCGAUUCUCUCCUCGCUCUUUUGCUUCACUACACGAUCUGCAUUUCUAAACUCGAACUUGUGUAUUGAUUGAUCAAUGCUGUCAAACAACCAUAACAACAGUCCUCCUACUCCUAGAACCAGAUUGGAAAGGCUUCUAAGGGAGAGAGAGCUCAGGAGAUCAAACCGGUCUUCUCUCAAUGAAGAAGCUCACAGUCUGGGAGAAUUCAACAGUUAUGAUCUGUUCUCUUUUUCUGGUGAUAGUUGUGGGUCAUUUAACGAGGAAGAUAUCUUAGAAGGGGUGUCAGUGGUAAAAGACAUCAUUGAUGGGUUUCAAAGGCUAGAAGGGAGGACUUCUAAACAGCGCCUUCUAGUUGUAGCAAACAGAUUGCCUGUGUCUGCUGUCAGGAAAGGGAAGGAGACAUGGCAUCUUGAAAUUAGCGUUGGUGGUUUAGUCAGUGCACUUUUAGGACUAAAGGAGUUUGAGGCAAGAUGGAUUGGUUGGGCUGGUGUGAACGUACCUGACGAAGUUGGACAGAGAGCCUUAGAGAAAGCAUUAGCUGAAAAGAAAUGCAUACCGGUCUUUCUUGAUGAAGAGAUCGUUCAUCAGUAUUACAAUGGCUACUGUAACAACAUAUUGUGGCCUCUAUUUCAUUAUCUUGGUCUUCCACAAGAAGACCGACUUGCAACAACACGAAGUUUUCAGUCACAGUUUGAUGCAUAUAAGAAGGCAAACAAAAUGUUUGCUGAUGUUGUAAACAAACAUUAUGAAGAGGGAGAUGUUGUUUGGUGUCAUGAUUAUCACUUGAUGUUUCUCCCAAAAUGUCUCAAAGAGCAUAAUCGUAAGAUGAAAGUUGGUUGGUUCCUUCACACCCCAUUUCCAUCGUCAGAAAUACAUAGAACUCUACCAUCUCGGUCAGAGCUUUUGAGAGCUGUUCUUGCUGCUGAUUUAGUUGGUUUCCACACAUAUGAUUAUGCCAGGCAUUUUGUUAGUGCCUGCACCCGUAUUCUUGGGUUGGAGGGUACACCUGAAGGAGUAGAGGAUCAAGGAAAGCUGACUCGCAUAGCUGCUUUUCCUAUUGGAAUAGAUUCUGAUCGAUUCAUUCGAGCUCUUAAACUUCCUCAAGUCCAGGAACACAUUAAAGAACUUCAAGAAAGAUUUGCUGGACGAAAGGUAAUGUUGGGUGUUGAUCGUCUUGAUAUGAUUAAGGGAAUACCCCAAAAGAUUCUGGCUUUUGAAAAAUUUCUUGAAGAAAAUCCAAAGUGGCGCGAUAAAGUAGUUUUGCUGCAAAUUGCUGUGCCAACAAGGACAGACGUUCCUGAGUAUCAAAAGCUAACAAGUCAAGUUCAUGAGAUUGUUGGGCGUAUUAAUGGGAGGUUUGGUACUCUUACUGCAGUUCCAAUACAUCAUCUGGAUCGUUCACUUGACUUCCCUGCAUUAUGUGCUUUAUAUGCUGUCACUGAUGUGGCACUAGUUACAUCUUUAAGAGAUGGAAUGAAUCUUGUGAGCUAUGAGUUUGUUGCCUGUCAAGCUUCCAAGAAAGGUGUUCUUAUUCUGAGUGAGUUUGCUGGUGCAGCACAGUCAUUAGGUGCUGGUGCUGUUUUAGUUAAUCCAUGGAAUAUCACUGAAGUUGCUGCUUCAAUUGGUUAUGCUUUGAAUAUGGAAGCUGAUGAAAGAGAAAGGCGACACCUUCAUAACUUCAUGCACGUUACAACUCACACAUCCCAAGAAUGGGCUGCAACAUUUGUGAGCGAACUCAACGACACCGUAGUUGAAGCUCAAAUCAGGACCAGACAGAUACCACCUUUACUUCCAAUUAAUGAGGCAGCGAACAGUUAUUCGCGAUCACAUAAUCGAUUGGUUAUUCUGGGUUUCAAUGCUACCUUAACUGAAGCAGUUGAUGCCCUCGGAAGAAGAUGUGGCCAAAUUAGAGACAUGGAUCUUAAAGUACAUCCAGAUGUGAGAGAGCCCUUGAAGAAGCUUUGUGAUGACCGGAAUACGACAGUGGUUGUCCUUAGUGGGAGUGACCGAAGUGUACUAGACGAGAAUUUUGGUCAGUACAACAUGUGGCUGGCAGCAGAAAACGGUAUGUUCUUACGUCCUACGAAGGGAGAAUGGAUGACGACUAUGCCCGAGAAUUUACAUAUGGACUGGGUUGAGAGUGUUAAGCAUGUUUUCGAGUAUUUUACCGAAAGAACUCCUAGAUCCCAUUUCGAGCUUCGUGAAACUUCGCUGGUGUGGAAUUACAAAUAUGCAGAUGUUGAGUUUGGAAGACUUCAAGCGAGGGACUUGUUGCAGCAUCUAUGGACUGGUCCAAUCUCAAAUGCAUCAGUUGAUGUUGUCCAAGGCAGUCGAUCAGUCGAGGUUCGAGCAGUUGGUGUUACAAAGGGUUCGGCCAUUGAUCGAAUAUUGGGAGAAAUAGUUCGUGACAAAGGCAUCAACAAGCCUAUUGACUAUGUUCUCUGUGUUGGGCACUUCCUAGCCAAGGAUGAAGAUGUGUAUACAUUUUUCGAGCCCGACCUUCCUUCUGAAGUGCCACAAACAGUCCCGAAUCCUUUACCACCGCCGAAGAUGCCAAACAAUGGAGCACCGCCGAAGUCGGCACGCCUGAAGAAACAACGUUCCCUUUCCAUUAUAGAAAGAAGAGCAAACAGCCAUGGGAGUGCAGUGUUUUGGAGGCCUGUAGUGCAGGAUCGAUUGUCACUGCAUGAGGGUUCAUCUGUUCUUGAUCUCAAGGGUGACAAUUACUUCUCGUGUGCUGUGGGGCGGAAGCGAUCGAACGCAAGAUACCUUCUUGUUUCGUCGAAUGAUGUUGUCAAACUUGUGAAGGAGUUGUCGGAAUGUUUGGAGUCAAGUGUGAGUUGAAUGGUCAUUCACAGUGUAUUUUAGUGAAUAGCAGCCAGUUAAUAAGCCAGUUAAUAAGUUGACAUCUUUGUUUCCUUUCCUUUGGUUUUUUUACAGAUUUCAGAACCUUCAACUA